AUGCGCUACUCCAUAAUCAACACCCUCCUCCUUCUAGCUAUCUCCCCUGUGUCUGUCCUCGCACUUCCCAUUGACCCAAACGACCUGGCUGGUCAGUGGGACCCUAGCGGACUGUACCGAAAGGGCCAGUGGCAGCAUGGUGUUUUCGUUGCCAACAAUGGCGAUACCAAACAUAGCCAGCUUGAGAAGGAUGGACAAUGGGUCGACAACAACAACAACAACGGCCAAUACGACCCAAGCCAAAAUGGCUGGACUGAUGCCAACGGCCAGUGGCAUACGAACAACCAGAGCGGCUGGACAGAUUCCAAUGGCGAAUUCCACGCCAAUAACCAGAACGAGCAGAACAAUCAGAAUGGCUGGACUGAUUCCAAUGGCCAGUGGCACGGUACUUCCAGCUCCUAG